CCUUCCAUAGCCUCCUAAACUACCUUCCAUAGCCUCCUCAAAAACCAUCAUUUGCAACCGGAAAACCACCAAAAUUCCCAAAUGGGCAGUCUCCACACCGACGUCCUACAAAACAACCCAGUGGACCUACUAAACCCCUUAGACCCAGAGGAAUUCAGGAAACAAGGCCACAUGAUCAUCGACUUCCUGGCUGACUACUACCGGGACAUUGAAAAGUACCCAGUCCGCAGCCAGGUCGAGCCAGGCUACCUCCAUAAACGCCUCCCCGAUUCCGCCCCAUACAACCCCGAACCCAUUGAAUCCAUCAUGCAAGACAUCCAGAACGAUAUCAUUCCAGGAAUCACACAUUGGCAGAGCCCUAACUAUUUCGCUUACUUCCCCUCCAGCGGCAGCACCGCUGGAUUCCUCGGUGAGAUGCUCAGCACUGGAUUCAACGUCGUUGGAUUCAACUGGAUGUCUUCACCUGCCGCCACUGAGCUCGAGAGCAUUGUCAUGGAUUGGCUCGGCAAGAUGCUCAAGCUCCCCAACUCAUUCAUGUUCUCCGGCAAUGGCGGUGGCGUCCUGCAAGGUACUACUUGCGAAGCUAUUCUUUGUACUAUGACAGCUGCUCGUGACCGUAUGUUGAAGAAAAUCGGCAGAGAGAACAUCGGACGGCUUGUAGUAUACGGGUCCGAUCAAACACAUUGUGCACUUCAGAAAGCCGGGCAGAUAGCUGGAAUCCACCCAGCUAAUUUCCGCCCAGUGAAAACGUCUAAAUCGACCGCAUUCGGGCUAUCUCCAGAAUCCUUACGUGCUGCUAUCACGAAAGAUAUCGAAAAUGGUCUCGUCCCACUCUUCCUCUGUGCCACAAUUGGAACCACUUCAUCUACUGCCGUUGAUCCAAUCGGGCCAUUGUGUGAUGUUGCGAAAGAUUACGGAAUAUGGGUCCACGUCGAUGCGGCGUAUGCUGGCAGUGCAUGUAUUUGCCCGGAGUUCAGGCACUUCAUAGAUGGUGUGGAGGGUGCAGAUUCAUUUUCUCUCAAUGCACACAAAUGGUUCUUUACAACCCUAGAUUGCUGCUGUUUAUGGGUCAAAGAUCCAAAUUCUCUUGUUCAGGCACUUUCAACCAAUCCUGAGUAUUUGAGGAAUAAGGCCACUGAAUCAAAGCAAGUUGUUGAUUACAAGGACUGGCAGAUCGCUCUUAGCCGUCGGUUCCGGUCCAUGAAGCUGUGGCUUGUUUUACGUAGCUAUGGUGUGUCAAACCUACGUAACUUCCUAAGGAGCCAUGUUAAGAUGGCUAAGCAAUUCGAAGGGCUGGUGCGUAUGGAUAGGAGGUUUGAGAUAGUGGUCCCUAGGACCUUUGCCAUGGUGUGCUUCAGACUCCUGCCGCCCGACGAUGGGGACCUGGAAAAUGGGUCUGGUGAGGAGCGUGCAAAUGAUCUCAACCAUAGAUUUUUAGAGGCCAUGAAUGCAUCUGGACGUGUGUACAUGACACAUGCCGUGGUGGGGGGCGUAUACAUAAUCCGGUUCGCCGUCGGGACGACCCUUACCGAAGAACGGCACGUGAAUAAGGCGUGGAAGGUGGUACAGGAGCACGCGGAUGCCCUGGUCUGUCCGGUCGUUGAUGGCGAUUUUUGGCUUUGAUUGAGAUGGAGGAAAAAAAAACAAACAGAGAGAUUCUUGUGAAUUUUACUUGGUUUUUGGACGAAUUUUAAAUAUUUUAUAACUAUGUUUGAUUUGUUCA